AUGGCGCCACUGAUUACAGUCGCAAAGGCCACGCUCUCCUAUCCCCUCUGCGCUGUGGACUUCGACCCUGUCGAUUCCGCGCUGCUGGUGGUAGGAGGCGGAGGAGGCGCGGGCAGGACUGGAGUAGGCAACAAGAUCACUCUGCUCGAUACUUUGGAUCCCAAAGAGCUCCGGGAGGUGCGCGACAUCGAGCUCCGCAAGGAUGAGGACAAUGUGACGAGUUUGGCCGUGGGCGUGGAUUUGAACAGCACCUCGCUGGUCUUCGCAGGCGUGAACUCUUGCCCGGAGGAUAUCAAGAAGGGAAAGAAUCUACAUUUCCGAAUCUUCAGGACGGAAAUGGAGAGCAAGGCUGGUGCGCACAACGAUGCAGAGGAUGCGAUUACGAUUACGGAGGUCUCAAAGUCGGCGCUGUUCGUGGGAAAGGAGGAAGACAUCUACCAGAGGAUUACGAGGUUAUCGAAGCCUUUCCCCGGUCGAACCCAGCUUGGAGCGAUCGCGACAGGGCUGUCUAAGAAAUCCGAAAUCGUGCUGUUUGAUACUACAUCUACGAGUCCGCCCAGUCAAAGAGGAGCUGUGCAGAGCAAUAAAGAGGCUGUAGACGUCGAUAUCAUUCAAACGGGAGAUGAUGAGUAUCUGUUCGCGUAUUGCGACGAGUUUGAUAUCUACGCGAAGAAGAUAUCAAGGCAGACGGACCCGGAAGAGCCGGAGUGCAUAUAUAUUACGCCUGCUAGCAGGGAGACGGGGCAGAGACCGACAGUUCCACGAUUCAGAGCGAUGAGAUUCCUUACGAAGGAACUCCUCUGUAUGCUCACUCUUGUCGCCAAUAAUAGCGGGGUAGUGCUGCAGAUAUUGCGAAUACCACCCAGUGGAAAGGGAAACUGUCGUCUAGCUCAGUCAAUCAGGCUCCCGAUCAGUAAGACGAAAGCAACCGCGCUGGCAGUCUCGAACCUCACACCACCGACUUCCCCUACGGCACAGCAAGGAUACACACAAUUCGUGAUCGCAGUGGCCGGCCAGGACAUCUCCAUCUCGCUCUUCAAGGUCGAUCUCCAAGUUGAGGGUGCCGUGUCCAUGGUCUCCAAGAUCAAGCCUUUUCGUACUUUCAACAAAGUCCACCCUAUGCAGAUUACCGGCCUGGCCUUCUCCAACUUCAUACCACCAACCGAACCCUUGACGGCGCAAAUAUUUCCUCAACACUUGAAGCUAGCCAGUAUAAGUAUGGCCAAUACAGUUAUCGUUCACACCCUACCUCUCUUCCCCGUUCCUCUCUCCGUCAAACGUGGACAAUCAAAGACCGCCCGCUACGUCGUGACCCUACCAUCCACGGCAGCCGUCUACGGCAUGAGCGCCAUCGUCUCAAUCAUCGCCAUUGCACUCGUAUCUAUUGUCAUCCAAGGCGUGCUUGAGAUCCGCGGCGGCGUACCCGUCUACCUAAACGCACGGAGCCAUCUCCCCAUCGUUCUCCAAGAGCGCUUGGGUCGCCCAUACGAGUUCCCGGCGGGAUACAACAGCGUGGCUAAAACAGCCGAGAGUAUCCUCCCGACUGAAAUUCCUGCCCCAGUAGCAGAUAGCAACCCUAUGGAGCCUCCAGCAAACGCCGAACCCCACCCAACGGGCUACAACCACCACCUGGGCGUUCCUACCGGCGACGCUGAAGGUUCCGGCUCAGCCCUGCGCCUCCCCUCCUUCUUCGAAGAACUGAAGCAGAAGGUCGGCGAAGGUAGUGAUAUCGUACUUUUGAAGGAGCGUGAGAGUGAAGAGGGCCUAGAGGCACAUGUCCAUGGUGCAGAUGACGAGCACGGCGGAAAGAAAUGGGAGGAUCUGGCGCACGAGCAGAAGGAAGGGUGGAAGGCGAAGCUGAGAGCUGCCGGGCACUGGGCUGAUGAUAUGGGAGAGACGGUCUUGAAAGGGGUGUUGUUUAGUGAGUUGGCGGGCAUCGUCGCAGAUGCUGUUCGUGGGGGUUGA